AUGAAGGAUACAAUUGACACUGUCGAAAAUGCUCAUCCAGCUACUCAUGUAGAUUUGAAUAAUAAUGUCACUGCCAAAAUCCAGAAUCCUUUAGCAGGUUUAGGAGAAACAGUCAUCAUUCGGGAUGUAGGAGAAUUCGCACAAGCCAACGAUCUUAACGAUAUCCUCCCCUUGCUCGAGAAAGGUGCCUUGGUUGCAUCUGAUCCCGAGAACUUCGAAAACGUAGAGAGAUUGGAUGAAGAAGAGAAAGUGGCUUUACGAUAUGAAGCAGCGCAUAAAUGGAGUCAUCCAACUACACUAUAUUUGACAAUCAUUACUUGUUCUAUUGGUGCAGCGGUUCAAGGUUGGGAUCAAACGGGUAGUAAUGGUGCAAACCUUUCAUUUCCGUCGGAAUUUGGUAUCGGUCAAGGGGACAAUAAGGCUUCUCCAAACUAUGAUCGUGACAAUUGGCUAGUUGGAUUGGUUAACUCGGCACCAUAUAUUGGAUCUGCUUUUAUUGGCUGUUGGCUCAGCGAUCCUUUCAAUAACUGGUUUGGACGUCGCGGUACAAUCUUCAUUGCAGCUAUUAUCUGCGUUUUUACGCCUAUUGGAGGAGCUUUCUCGAAAUCGUGGGAAACUUUAUUUGCUAGUCGUAUUAUUCUGGGUAUUGGAAUGGGUUUGAAAGGAGCUACGGUACCAAUCUUUGCCGCGGAGAACAGCCCAGCUAAGAUUAGAGGUGCAUUGGUUAUGUCAUGGCAGAUGUGGACUGCUUUUGGUAUCUUCUUGGGUUUUGCAGCAAAUUUGGUUGUCAUCAAUACAGGGAGUAUUGCGUGGAGACUUCAGAUUGGCUCUGCUUUUAUUCCAGCUCUCCCCCUCGCUUUCUUGAUCUUCUUUUGCCCAGAAUCCCCGAGAUGGUUGAUGAAGAGAGGAGAAUAUAGAAAAGCUUAUAUAUCCCUCUGUCGACUUCGCAAACACGAUCUUUUUGCUGCUCGUGAUCUCUACUUUAUUGAUUGUCAGCUGAAAAUCGAAGCAGCGAUUGUCGGAAAAACCAACUACAUCAGCAGAUUCAUCCAACUUUUCACCAUUCCUCGUGUUCGAAGAGCAACUCUGGCUUCCUUUGUUGUUAUGAUCGCGCAACAGAUGUGUGGUAUCAAUAUUAUUGCGUUCUAUUCUUCAACUAUCUUCAAACAGGCGGGCGCCACUUCAAAGAAUGCGUUGAUUGCUAGUUUUGGUUUUGGAUUGGUUAACUUUGUGUUUGCCUGGCCAGCUAUUUGGACGAUUGACACCUUUGGCCGACGUUCACUACUCCUUUUCACCUUCCCUCAGAUGGCUUGGUCUCUCCUUGUUGCUGGUCUCUGCUUCAUAAUCGACGAGAAAUCUACCGCGCAUAUUGCACUAAUCGCUACAUUCAUUUACAUCUUCGCCGCUUUCUACUCGCCAGGAGAAGGUCCUGUUCCUUUUACAUAUUCAGCAGAAGUCUUUCCCUUAUCACACAGAGAAGUCGGUAUGGGCUGGGCCGUCGCAACCUGUUUAUUCUGGGCCGCAGUUCUCUCAAUUUCUUUCCCCAAGAUAUUGGAGACAUUCCAUCCAGUAGGAGCAUUUGCAUUCUACGCCGGCCUCAACCUGCUCGCUUUCGUGAUGAUAUUCCUUUUCGUUCCCGAAACUAAGCAACGCACCCUCGAAGAACUAGAUUACAUCUUUGCAAUCCCAACUCGCACAUUUGUGAGAUAUCAACUCACAAAGACAUUACCAUAUUGGAUUCAAAGAUAUGUAUUCUUCAGGAAGAAUGCAGUGCUAGAACCAUUGUAUCAUUUUGAUGAGACGGCAGAUUACAGAGCGCCGGAUACAAAGAUUACGGGGCAUCCGGAGCAGAUUGAGGAGGUGGAAAGGAGUAGUGAGGGAGAGAGUGGGGAGAUCAAUGUUAGUGAGAAGAUUUGA